UGUUGCUAGCAGAUGCUGUUCAGCGUGCUCCCGAGUCACGGCUGGUCUGGAAAGUCUUUCCUUGUCUCCGCGUGACCUGAGCACGUUGUCCUCCCAGAGCGGAAACAGCGAUGGAUCGCUUCUGCCUUGCCUUCCCACUGCUGAUCUUGCUGCCUCUGUCAGCCUAUAACAUCCACGUGAAUGGCGUCCUGCACUGCCGGGUGCGCUACAGCCAGCUGCUGGGCCUGCACGAGCAGCUGCGUAAGGAGUACGGCGCCAAUGUGGUGCCCGCCUUCCCACCCAAAAAGAUCUUCACCCUCACGCCGGCCGAGGUGGAGCAGCGGCGGGAGCAGCUGGAAAAGUACAUGCAGGCGGUGCGGCAGGACCCAUCACUGGGAGGCAGCGAGAUCUUCAAUAGCUUCCUGCGCAAAGCCCAGCAGGAGACGCAGCAGAUCCCAACAGAAGAGGUGCAGCUGCAGGUGCUGCUGUCCAACGGGCAGAAGGUCGAGAUCUCCAUCCUCACCUCAGACCAGACUGAGGAUGUCCUGGAGGCCACAGCCUCCAAGCUGGACCUGCCGGAUGAUCUGGUUGGCUACUUCAGCCUCUUCCUGGUGAGAGAGACCAAGGAUGGAGGCUUCUCCUUUGUGAGGAAGCUGCAGGAGUUUGAGCUGCCCUAUGUGUCCGUCACCAGCCUGCACAACCCUGAGUACAGGAUCAUCCUACGCAAGAGCUACUGGGACUCAGCCUAUGACGACGAUGUCAUGGAGCACCGCGUGGGGCUGAACCUGUUGUAUGCCCAGACCGUCUCAGACAUAGAGCGUGGCUGGAUCCUGGUGAACAAGGAGCAGCACCGGCAGCUCAAGUCGCUGCAGGAGAAGGUCUCCAAAAAGGAGUUCAUCCGGCUGGCACAGACGCUGAAGUACUACGGUUAUCUCAAGUUCGACCCUUGUGUGACCGACUUCCCUGAGCGGGGCUGCCACGUCGUUGUCAGUGCCGGCAACAACGAGCUCAACUUCCAGGUGCGGCUGCCCAGUGAGCAGAUCAAGGAGGGCAGCUUCAAGGUCACCCGCAUGCGCUGCUGGCGUGUCACAUCCUCGUCCUCACAGGUGCCCACAACCAACGGCCCAGCAGGGAGUGGCCCGGGAAAGGCCGAGGUGAAGCUGGAGUUGGCCUUUGAGUACCUGAUGAGCAAGGACCGGCUGCAGUGGGUCACCAUCACCAGCCCCCAGGCCAUCAUGCUGAGCAUCUGCCUGCAGUCCAUGGUGGACGAGCUGAUGGUGAAGAAGUCUGGAGGCAGCAUCCGCAAGAUGUUCCGACGCCGAGUGAAUGGGGGGCUGCGGCGCUCCGACAGCCAGCAGGCCGUGAAAUCACCCCCACUUCUGGACUCUCCGGAUGGCAGCAGGGAGCCCAUAGCCAAGCUCUCAAGCAAGCUCAGUUCCGUCAGCCUCCGAGGGAUCAGCCACUCCAGCUCUGCUGGUGAUGUUGGCAACAACGACUUCCACGGCAACUACGCCUUUGAGGGCAUCGGCGACGAGGACCUGUAGCCACCCGGGGCCAUGGCCACCCCUAGGAAUGUAUGACCUGCCACUGGGUCGCCCUCCAUGUGCCUCUCACCUGGGGACCAUCCUCUGCCCCCCCGGGGACAUGGGGACCUUGUUCCCCUGCCUGCCGCUGCCUUUGGGCGGGGACGGCCUUUCCCUGCUGCUGCUGCUGGCUUCUGAGGGGCCCAGGCAGGGUCAUGGCUGCUCCAUCUCGAGGCAGGGGCAGCAGCAGUAGCAACGAGAGAGGUGUCCCUGGGCGGAGCCAAGCCAGGGCCCCCCUGCCCUGGGCCUGCAGCCCUGGACCAUCGCUUGCACUUAGAGCCAGUCCCCGCACGCUG